AUGGCAAAGGCUCAGCCAAUAACCACCUCCAGAAAUAUCAGGGAACAUCUGAAGUUCCCAGGUAUUACCAAUCUCACCAGUCUCUACCUGCAGAAAAAUGCUAUCACUUAUGUUCCUGAGAAUGCUUUCAAUGGGCUAUCUGCACUGAGCAAACUGGAUCUGAGCAAUAACAACAUCAAUGCUUUAGCCACAACCUCAUUUAAAGGUCUUUACCAGCUUGUUGAACUAGACUUGAGUACCAAUCAAUUGCAAACCAUUCCCUCAACAGUCUUUCAAGAUCUGGUCAAACUAGGUGGUCUUAAUCUAUAUAAAAAUAAUUUGAUAUCGCUCCCAAAAGGUCUAUUUAAUAACUGUAAAAAGUUAAAAGAAUUGCAACUUGACAAGAAUAAUCUUCAGACCAUCCCACUGGAUCUGUUUCGACCACUUUCAAUGCUCGAAUUUUUACAACUGGACAAUAAUCGCAUCUCAGAACUCAAUUUACCUUCAUUUGCAACAAUGAAGAAGCUUAAACAUCUCGACCUGAGCUACAAUGCUCUAAAGAAGAUUUCAAAGGGGAUCUUCAACAGGGCACCACAAAGAUGUACAGCAAUUAGGGAACUACACCUAAAAGGGAACAAGAUUGAACUGAUAGAAAACGAUGCUUUUGAGACUUGCAUCAAUCUGAAAAGACUUUGCUUGUCCAACAACCUUUUAAAAAGUCUAGAGGAGGGGACUUUCCGUGGUGCACCCUACCUAACUCAUCUAGAUCUUAGUAAAAACAAGCUCACUACUGUGCCCACCAGUGCUUUAAGGGACACCCCUAAAGUCACUGUUUUAUCCUUGCAGAAAAAUGCGAUCACAUUACUCUCUGAAAAUGCUUUCUUUGGACUGUCGGCUUUAGAGAAAUUAGACUUGAGCAAUAACGCUCUUUUAAGCAUAAACAAUGAGUCCCUAGUUACUCUUUUCAAUCUUAAGGAGUUAGAUCUGAGCUUCAACAAACUGCAUCAUCUUCCUGAAAAAGCAUUUCAAGACUUGGGGAACCUAAAGAUCCUUACAUUGCACCACAAUGACCUGGCAUCACUUCCAAUGGGUAAAUCACAGCAUCUGAAAGACCUCCACGUGACGAACAAUCAGAUUUAUAAUGUCUCAAAGUUUGCUUUUAAAGGCCUCGUAAGACUUAAAUCUCUCAGACUAAACAACAACCACAUUUCUGUUCUUGACCCCAAGACGCUAACUAAUCUUGAAGGCCUGCGGGAGCUUUGGCUUAAUCAUAACCGAAUGAAAACCUUCCCAGAUGGACUAUUUUCAGGGCUUAAAAACUUGAGGAUGCUCGACUUGGCUGACAAUUACUUCAGUUCCCUUGCCACUGCUGAUUUCACAGACCUGUCCACACUUAGAGAGUUGCACUUGAGUUUUAAUGAGCUUGUUGAACUUCCCCAGAAUGUCUUCAUCAGUCUGAGCAAUUUGCAGAAGCUUUUCCUGCAAAACAACCACCUGUCCAACGUUCCUCCAGAAGUGUUCUCUUCUCUGAGCUCUUUGCAAGAGCUUGAUCUGGAAAACAACAAGCUCGUGCGUCUCACGCGCUUACCAUAG